CACAAAGGAGUGAGUGAGUGAGGACAGGCGGCGAGCGAGAAGAUUAUCACAACUAUAAAACACGAGUGAAGCGCCGCUGGGGAAAAAAAAUCUAUAAUAAACUGUUUUAAAAAAAUAAAAAACAAAACAGAAUUCUAAUUAACGAAAUUUAGAAACGCACCAGAACGAAAGAAGAGUGAGGAAAAAACAAUUUAAUAAAAAAAGGAACACCAACAAAGACCUCUAUCCAGACUUUGCCUGACACUGAAUUGUCCAAAAGAAUUAAGGAAAUGUGGAGUGACAUGCAGGAGAUUAGUCAUAGGAUUUAAGGCUUUGAGGACGUACACAUCGAAGGGAAGCGGUGAGGUGAAGCACAGAAUAGUUCACUUUUUGUGCCACUAGGAGAGCUGUGAGCACAAGGAAGAUGGCAGAUCCUGGUAUGCUGAGUUUGUUUGGUGAUGAUGGGAACAUUUUCAGUGAAGGGCUUGAAGGCCUUGGAGAAUGCGGUUUUUCCGAGAAUCCAGUGAAUGCUCUUGGGCAACAACUACCCAUGGAUCAAGGAUUUGGCUCCAUGCAGUCUCCCCUCCAUCAUCCCCCACCCACGCAGACGCAAACUAAGCUGGCUCAUUAUGAUCAUUUUGGUCCGUUUGAACAACAGAAAAUACAUCUGGUAGAUCAGCCUAAUCGAAUGAUUGGUAAUACUCCUGGGAAUGGCCUGGCAUCACCUCACUCACAGUACCACAAUCCCUCAGUUCCACCAGUCCCUCACAGUGGUGCUCAGAUGGGAGUGUACCCUACUAUGCAGAAUGAAAGAUGUGGACAGCAAUUUGUAGACAGCAGCUCCAUGUGGGGACCGCGUGCUGUCCAGGUGCCAGACCAGACCCGACCUACCUUCCAGCAACAGCAGCAACCACAGCCACCACCUCAAGGGCAAGGGCAUGCUCAGCAUUUGCAACAGAUGGGGAAUUACCUGACACGUAGUGAUUACUCAUUGCAACAGCACAACCAGCCACAGCAACAGAGGGUGAACCAAUUCACUCAGAGUCAAGAGGCCCUCAGUCAAGGCAAUCCUUUCAUGGGGACUUCAGGACCAGGCCACUUAUCUCACAUGCCUCAGCAAACCCCCAACAUGGGCCCUUCCUUACGUCACACUCCAACCCAGCAGUACCAUCCCCACCCCCCUCCCCCCAAUUCUCUCCAUGGAGAUUCCAUUGCUCACAGUCCUAGAUUUUCUCCUAAUCCUUCUCAACAAGCCAGUAGCAGGCAACAAAAUUUAAACUUUAGUUCACGUAGCCAAGCAGUACCUUCACAAUCUGUAAGUAGCUCAGGGCAGUAUUCGCAAUAUCCUUAUAGUAACAUUAAUCAGGGAUUAGUUAACAGUAAUACAGGGAUAAAUCAAAACCUAGGCCUUAAUAAUAACCCAUCUGUGAACCAGUCAAUACCCCGCUAUCCAAAUACUGUGGGAUUCCCAGCUGGCACCAGCCAAGGACUAAUGCACCAGCAGCCUAUACAUCCGGGUGGCCCACUUAACCAAAUUAAUGCACAAACUAUGCACCCCACACAGUCUCAGGGAACUUAUGCUUCUCCACCUCCAAUGUCACCUAUGAAAGCUAUGAGUAACCCAGCAGGCACCCCUCCACCACAGGUUAGGCCUGGCAGUGCUGGAAUGCAGCUGGAGGUUGGAAGCUAUUCAAGCAUGCCCCUGCCUCAACAGCCACAUCAGUCCCCGGGUGCCAUGGGACUUGGACAGAGGAGCAUUGGUCCCAGAAGCAUGCAGACACAACAAUACAUGAGCCCUUCUGUACCAAGGGAUAUUGGCAGCCUUCCAAGACCAGUCAGUGCACUGGGUCCCAGUGGGAAUCAUGCCGAUCAGGUGAUGCAGGAACGUCUAAUGUCUGGUCAGCAGCACCCAAAUCAGCCUUUUCAGCCUCAGUUGCCAACUUGUCCACCUGUGAAACAGCACCCAACAGUGCAUCAUCAAACUUCUCCUACAUCUCAUCAACAUCAGCCAUGGGUACAGUCACAGCAUUCUUCACCUAAGGCCACAUUGCAACAAGUGCCUGCCCAACAUCAGUCUCUUUCAAAUACUCCGUCAGACAUGACGCAGAUUAGUGGACAAAAUUCCCAGUUAGCAAGUGGAGAAGAGCGACAGAAGUCACUGGACCAACAGCGCAUGCAAGAGAAGGCCAAUCGCAUUGUGGCCGAGGCCAUUGCUAAAGCUAAAGCUCGUGGUGAGCAAAAUAUUCCCAAGGUGAUUGACCAGCUGGUGAUCUCUACUGCUGCAGUGGAUGGUUCAACUGAAGAGAAAAAGAAAAAGAAGAAAAAACCAAAAGAAAAGAAAGACCCCAAGGAGCCCAAAGAAACUAAGGAUAAAAAACCCAAGUCAACGGCAACUAAAAUCAAGAGCAACAAGAAUGCAAGCAACAAGAAAAAUACACCAGAAUCCACUGUUGGAAAGAAAAAAGGCAAAAGGAAACAUGAAUCUUCCCCUGAAAAUUCAGAUAUGGACAAAACGCCACCUCCAUCUCCACAGGAAGAGGAUGAAUUGGGAGUACAGAAGCGCCGCUCUAGUCGACAGGUGAAAAGAAAGCGAUAUACAGAGGACCUAGAAUUUAAAAUAUCUGACGAUGAUGAUGCCGGAAAAGAUUCACCUUUAAGCACUUCACAGUCCGAACAGGAGUCUGCAGCUGGUCCAGUUACCGAAAAGAUCUUGAGCAUGCGACUAGUGAAGAAAACUACAGAGUCUGGAGAAGAGGUGGAAGUAGAAGAAUUGUUUGUCAAAUACAAAAACUAUUCAUACCUUCAUUGUCAGUGGACCACAGUGGAGCAGCUGGCAAAGGACAAGAGAAUUCAUCAGAAGAUUAAACGCUUCAAAGCAAAGCAGGCACAAAUGAAUAAAUUUCUCACUGAGGUUGAAGAUGAGCCUUUUAAUCCGGAUUAUGUAGAAGUAGAUCGGAUACUUGAUGUAUCACACAGCACUGAUAAAGAUAGUGGGGAGCCAAUAACCCAUUAUUUGGUGAAGUGGUGUUCUCUUCCAUAUGAAGAAAGCACUUGGGAACUGAAACCAGACACUGACCAAGUCAAGAUCGAAGAAUUUCACCAACUACAGUCUGUGAAACCAAGAACUGAGCAUACGGAACGGCCGCUUGCAGAAUUCUGGACAAAAUUGGAACAUUCAAGGGAUUAUAAAAAUGGCAACCAACUCAGGGAAUAUCAACUGGAGGGCGUAAAUUGGCUACUCUUCAAUUGGUACAACAGCCAAAACUGUAUAUUGGCCGAUGAAAUGGGGUUAGGGAAGACUAUCCAAUCUAUUACAUUUCUGUAUGAAAUGUACUUGAAGGGAAUUCAUGGCCCUUUCCUGAUUAUUGCACCCCUUUCCACAAUCACUAAUUGGGAGAGGGAGUUCCACACUUGGACAGCAAUGAAUGUGACUGUGUACCAUGGCAGCCAGGCUAGCCGCCAAAUGAUUCAAGCUUAUGAGAUGUACUUCCGGGAUGCUGAGGGUCAUAUAAUUCAGGGAGCAUACAAGUUCCAUGCCAUCAUCACUACAUUUGAAAUGAUUUUAACUGAUUGCCCAGAGCUGCGCAGUAUUGCGUGGCGUUGUGUGAUUAUUGAUGAAGCCCACAGACUGAAGAACCGAAACUGCAAACUUUUGGAAGGAUUAAAAUUAAUGGAUCUGGAACAUAAGGUACUGCUGACUGGAACCCCAUUACAGAACACUGUAGAAGAGCUUUUCAGUUUGCUAAAUUUCCUGGAACCUUCGCGAUUCCCCUCAGAGGCCAACUUUUUGCAAGAGUUUGGUGAUCUGAAAACUGAGGAACAGGUUCAAAAACUUCAGGCUAUUCUGAAACCAAUGAUGUUAAGACGCUUGAAGGAAGAUGUAGAAAAAAAUCUAGCUCCAAAAGAAGAAACUAUCAUUGAAGUGGAACUGACCAAUAUUCAAAAGAAAUAUUACCGUGCUAUCUUGGAGAGAAAUUUUGCCUUCCUCUCUAAAGGAGCUGGUCAAACCAAUGUGCCCAAUCUUCUGAACACUAUGAUGGAACUGCGAAAGUGCUGUAAUCAUCCAUACCUAAUUAAUGGUGCUGAAGAGAAGAUUUUGGAGGAGUUUAAAGAAACACACAACCCUGAUACCCCAGAUUUUCAACUUCAGGCUAUGAUCCAAGCUGCUGGCAAACUAGUGCUGAUUGACAAGUUGCUGCCAAAACUAAAGGCUGGUGGCCACAAGGUGCUUAUAUUUUCCCAGAUGGUACGCUGUUUGGAUAUUCUUGAGGACUACCUCAUUCAGCGAAGACAUCUGUAUGAGCGUAUUGAUGGCCGUGUGAGGGGAAAUCUUCGACAGGCAGCAAUAGAUCGUUUCUCUAAACCUGACUCUGAUCGUUUUGUUUUCCUGCUGUGCACUCGUGCUGGGGGUUUGGGUAUUAACCUCACUGCUGCAGACACUUGUAUCAUCUUUGAUUCUGAUUGGAACCCACAAAAUGACCUCCAGGCUCAGGCUCGAUGUCACAGAAUUGGGCAAAGCAAAGCAGUGAAAGUAUACAGAUUAAUAACCAGGAACUCUUAUGAAAGAGAGAUGUUUGAUAAGGCAAGUCUGAAACUUGGAUUGGACAAAGCUGUUCUACAGUCCAUGAGUGGAAGAGAAAAUAGUGCCAAUGGGGUUCAGCAGCUAUCUAAGAAGGAGAUUGAGGAUCUUCUUAGAAAAGGAGCAUAUGGGGCACUGAUGGAUGAAGAGGAUGAAGGGUCAAAAUUCUGUGAGGAAGACAUUGACCAGAUUCUCUUGAGACGUACUCACACAAUUACUAUAGAAUCUGAAGGAAAAGGUUCCACUUUUGCAAAGGCCAGCUUUGUAGCUUCUGGGAAUAGGACAGAUAUUUCCCUUGAUGAUCCCAACUUUUGGCAAAAGUGGGCAAAGAAAGCUGAAUUGGAUAUUGAUGCAAUAAAUGGAAGGAACAAUUUGGUGAUUGAUACACCAAGAGUAAGAAAACAGACAAGACACUACAAUGCUAUUAAGGAAGAUGAGCUAAUGGAAUUUUCAGAUUUGGAGAGUGAGUCUGAAGAAAAGACUGGAAAGCCCCCCCGUAGACCACAAGACAGGUCCCACGGUUAUCCAAGAACCGAGUGUUUUAGAGUAGAAAAGAACCUGUUGGUAUAUGGUUGGGGCCGAUGGAGUGAUAUACUGUCACAUGGACGUUUUAAACGACAGUUGACAGAACACGAUGUGGAGACCAUCUGCCGUACUAUCCUUGUGUACUGCUUGAACCAUUACAGAGGAGAUGAAAAGAUCAAAGGAUUUAUAUGGGAUCUGAUUACUCCUACUGAGGAUGGACAGACUCGAGCUCUGCAAAACCACUCGGGUUUGUCUGCACCAGUGCCUAGAGGGAGGAAAGGAAAGAAAGUUAAAAGCCAGUCCACUCAACCAUUCAUGAAAAAUGCAGAUUGGCUAGUGAACUGCAACCCAGAUAUUUUGCUGCAUGAUGAUGGCUACAAGAAACACCUGAAACACCACUGCAACAAAGUCCUGCUGCGGGUACGGAUGCUGUAUUAUUUGAGGCAGGAAGUGAUAGGAGAUGUAGCAGAAAAGAUAUUUGAUGGUGCAGAUGCAAGUGAUGUCGAUAUCUGGAUCCCAGAAAUUGACCAUGCUGAACUUCCUACGGAUUGGUGGGACAGAGAAGCUGAUAAAUGCCUUCUCAUCGGCGUGUUCAAACAUGGAUAUGAAAAAUAUAAUUCCAUAAGGGCAGACCCUGUAUUCUGCUUCCUGGAACGGGUGGGAAUGCCUGAUGCAAAGGCUAUGGCUGCAGAACAGAGGGGAACAGAUGUGCUGGCAGAUGUUAGUGAUGGUGCUGAUUUUGACAGAGAGGAUGAAGAUCCAGAAUAUAAACCAGGCAGAAUUCCAUUUAAAGAUGAAAUGGAUGAAUUUGAGAAUUCUCCACAAGAUGACAAGGAAGAAUGUAUGGAUGCUGAGAACUCAGGCAAACAACUUGAUCAAGAUGAUGAAUCAGACAAACUCUACUGGCCCAACACAUCAGUUCUCACAACACGCCUGCGCCGCCUUAUUACAGCCUAUCAGCGCAGCUAUAAGAGGGAGCAGAUGAAAUUAGAAGCACUGAACAAAAGUGAUCGCCGCAGACGUCGGCCAAGAGAUGAAGUGAGAGCUCGGGAGGCUGAGAGAAAUGCAGCUAUAUCCGAGAAACGUCAAAGAUGGACCAGGAGAGAAGAGGCAGACUUCUACCGCGUUGUAUCAACCUUUGGUGUGGUUUUUGACCCUAUCAAGAAGCAGUUUGACUGGAGCCAGUUCCGUGCCUUUGCUAGACUGGAUAAAAAGUCUAAUGACAGUUUGGAAAAGUACUUCAGUUGUUUUGUGGCUAUGUGCAGAAAAGUGUGUCGUAUGCCUCCAAAUCCAGGUGAAGAGUCUGAUUCCACAAUUUUCAUUGAGCCAAUCACGGAAGAGCGUGCUUCUAGAACGUUGUAUCGAAUAGAACUUCUACGGAAGGUUCGAGAGCAGGUUUUGCUUCAUGCUCAGCUAGAUGAACGACUCAAGUUGUGCCAGCCAAGCAUGGAUCUGCCUGAAUGGUGGGAGUGUGGCAAACAUGAUAAAGACUUAUUGAUUGGCGCUGCAAAGCAUGGAGUUAGUAGGACAGACUAUCAUAUUCUAAAUGACACUGAACUUUCUUUCCUGGAUGCCCAUAAAAACUUUGCUCAAAACAAAGGGGCUAGCCAGCGAAGCAGUACGCCUUUCCAAAACCAACCUGGUGCCUGUUUGAGCCAAAUGCCUUCUGUUGUCCCACCCACACCAAUGCAAGGAGAAAAAAGUGCAGAACAAGAUGGCUAUGAUGAUAGUAAAACUGAAGAUGGACUAAAAUGUCCUACACCACCAUCUCAGGAAGAGCAGAGUACAGUCCCUCUUAAGGAAGAUGGGAAAACCAAUUGUGAUGAGAACAUACAUAUUGAUUCAAAAUGUCAGGACAUCUCGGGAGCAUUGUCUGUGAAGGUCGAGCAUGAUACUAAAGAGACUUUAGCCAUGGAUACGGAAUUGCUUGCUGACGCUGAAGAAAAAGAAUUGAGACCAAAAUUGCCAUUUGAGAAAGGGUCAGAGGAAGAUGAUGAUGACGAGGAAGAGGAUGAUGACGAUAAAUCAGAAGAGUCAUCCCAACCUGAAGCUGGCACUGCUUCCCAAGGCAAACAUUUUGAUGAAGAAAGUAAUGCAUCUUUGAGCACAGCCCGUGAUGAAACUCGCGAUGGCUUCUUCAUGGAAGAUAGUGAACCCACAGUAGCUCAGCUACUUCAUGAAAGAACAUAUUCUUUUUCCUUCUGGCCAAAGGAUCGUGUAAUGAUUAAUCGUUUGGACAACAUAUGUGAAGCAGUGGUCAAGGGAAAGUGGCCUAUAAAUAGGCGUCAGCCAUUUGAUUUCCAUGGUAUGAUCAACUAUACACCCACAUCAGUGGAAAACCCUUUGCCAAGGAGGAGUUUCACUGAACUCUCCAUGGUAGGUCAAGGGAGCUUCAGUGCCUGUGAAGAUCUAGCUGGUUCUCCUCAGGUAUCAAGGGAUGAUGCAUUGAACCUGUCAGUUCCAAGGCAACGUAGGAGACGACGAAAGAAGAUCGAAAUAGAAGCCGAGCGAGCUGCAAGGAGAAGAAACCUGAUGGAGAUGGUAGCUCAGCUUCGUGAGUCCCAAGCAGCCUCAGACAGUGGACAGGAGAGAGCUGUGGACUUAUCAAAAGCCUCCAGAGAGGCAAAAAGUUCUACCUCAGUCAGUAACCUUUCUGUUAAUUCCAAGUAUGUUUUGCCGAAUGCCUCUGUGCCAGUAUCUGAUGCCUAUAAAGCCCACAUAGAAAUGCUGCAAGCAGGCCUUUCACGAACACCAACUGGACUUAUGAUAAAUGGUUCACUAGUUGAUGGGGAAAUGCCAAUAAAAAGGAGAAGAGGAAGAAGGAAAAAUGUUGAGGGCCUUGAUCUCCUAUUUAUGAAUAACAAACGGACAUCAUUAAGUGCGGAUGAUGCAGAAGUGACCAAAGCUUUUGAGGAGAGCACACAGUCAGCAUCACAACCAAGGAACAUUCCAUCUCCUGGUCAGUUGGACCCUGAGGCACACAUCCCUGUUAUUAAUUUAGAAGAUGGGACCAGACUGGUGGGAGAAGAAGCCCCCAAAAAUAAAGAUUUGGUGGAAUGGCUGAAAGUUCAUCCAGCUUAUACUGUAGACAUGCCUAGUUAUGUACCAAAGAGUGGAGAGGUGCUGUUAACCCCAUUUCAAAAACCUAAACAGAAAAGGCAUCGCUGUAGAAAUCCUAACAAACUGGAUGUGAACACUUUGACAGGAGAUGAAAGAGUGCCUGUUGUUAAUAAAAGAAAUGGGAAAAAGAUGGGUGGUGCCAUGGCCCCGCCAAUGAAAGAUCUGCCUAGAUGGCUUGAAGAAAAUCCUGAGUUUGCUGUUGCACCUGAUUGGGCAGAUGUUGUCAAGCAGUCUGGUUUUCUACCAGAAUCCAUGUUUGACCGUGUUCUCACCGGACCUGUUGUUAGAGAGGAGGGCGCAAGUAGAAGAGGGAGAAGGCCUAAAAGUGAGAUUGCCAAAGCUGCUGCGGCUGCGGCUGCUGCUUCAGCCUCAGGAAUAAACCCACUACUGAUGAACAGUCUCUUUUCUGGAAUGGAUCUAGCGAGCCUGCAGAAUUUACAAAACCUGCAAAGUCUUCAGUUAGCUGGAUUGAUGGGCUUCCCAUCAGGCCUUGCUACAGCUGCUACAGGAGGAGAUACAAAAAACCCUGCUUCAUUACUACCACUGAUGCUUCCAGGCAUGGCAGGGCUGCCCAAUAUGUUUGGACUUGGAAGCUUGUUAAGCAACCCCUUGACUGCUACAGCUAGUACGUCCUCAGCAACAUCGGGUCCAAGCGAAACAGAAAGUGGCAUUUCAUGUAAAACAGAAAAUGACAAAGAAAAUGAUAAAGAAAAUGAAGAUAAGGAAAUAAACAAUGCUGAAUCUACAGUUGAUUCUAACAAUGCAAGUUCAAGUUCUUUCACAGCGCCUGCAACCACUGGACUAUCCAACAACCCUCUUGCUUUCAACCCAUUCUUGCUUUCCACUAUGGCUCCUGGAUUAUUCUACCCAUCUAUGUUUCUUCCUCCUGGGCUGGGAAUGACCUUGUCUGGUUUUCCUCAUACUACACUAGCUGGACUACAGAGCACAAUAAGCUCAAGUGGUGACAAGGAAGACAAGACAGAUGGAAAAACUGAGGACAACAGUUUUAUAGAAGGAGAAGCCAAUUCAGAUGACAGUGAUCCUAUGGGAAGCCCUAGUAAACCAGCAGAUUCUUCCCUUGUGGAAGAUGAAUUGGCACAGGUGACAGGGUUGGACUCAGUUGAGGGAGAAGAUAAUGAUGAGGACUAAUUACAUUUCCAGUUACUAAGUGUUUUAAAACUCUUCAAGUCGUAGUCCUACUGUUUACAUAUUCAUUAAAUGUCCACACAUAGUUUUUUAAGCUAUCUCUGUAACAUAGUGUAGCAAAGUUCCAAGUCAUGUUAUGCAGAUGUCAAAGAUGUCUUGGUCAUAAGUAUUAUGCAGUGCAUUAUUUAUUAUCCUAGAAGCGAUAUCAAGUUCAAAAUUGUGUCAGAAUUUAAGCAAUGAAGUUAAAACAAAUGCUCUGCUUUUCGUUUUUCAAUGGUAAUUUGUGAUGCGCAGCAAACUUCAAUCAUGGCAUGUGAUUGUUAGUGACCGAAGCAGUUUCUGCUUAUAAAGGAAUAAUGAAGAUGUAUAUUUAACAUUGCUGUGAAGAGCACAGAUGGACAAAAGUCAUUGUAGAACAUAUCAUGCCUAUAGAUUUGACUGUAAAUAGAGUCCACACUGACAAUCCCCACGAUAGUGUGAAGGUCUCACCCCAGAGGCACAGCAAUAACUUGGCAGCUGUUGAAUGUUUUUAAAAAAAAAAUCUGGACAAUAAAACGCCUAAAGGGUGACCACAAUUUCUGACUUAAACUACAGUUGAUUUGCAUUGUCUCAUGAUUUUUUUUCUUGUAAUGCACUGUUAUAAACAAAAUUCAGGUACAUUUCUCUAAAGAAAGGACUUUGUUACUUUAGCCACAAAGCUAAACAGCAUUACCUCAGUUCUAUUAGCAUUGAAGUUUACAAACAUGACUUUGUAAAUGUAUGUUUUCUUUGUUGUGAUGUUUUUUUUAAAAAAAAAAGAAAACUGCUAUCAUGUAAGAUAAGAUGUAAAUUGCUGCCAACUGUAGUAACGAUGCUUUUAAUAAAAGUGACCCAUGAUAUGCAGUGACAUGUACUGUAGAACAAGCAAAAGUCUAGAGAAACCAAAUUAUGAUUGGUAUUCACUAGUUACAUUGCUUAGUAGCAAUAGAAACACAUACCAUAUUCUGGCUCCUGGAAAGGUUUUUUUUUUGGUUUUAUUGGUGAAGUAAAUGUUUACAAAUGGACAAUACAUGUACUUAAAAUACAAUGAAAUUUAGCUUUAUUAUUAAACCAAUUCAGUAUUAGGCA